AUGCUUCCAGGACGGCCUCAUAGCACCCAGGUGCAGGACCGCAUCAACCGGCUCGAGAAUCUGGUCGUGAGUCUCAUGCAGCAGACGGUCCCAACCCCCCAUAAAUCACCGUCGGAUCCGGGUUACCCAACAGACCUUCCGCCGAUCCCGCCAGACAAUGGCCCUCGCGGAGACCUCUCCCUCCCUGCAUCGGGAAAUGAUUCAGAGCGGCCCAGAGCGGCGAGUACUGAGCAGGUCCAGCACGAAGUAUCACCAUUCCCGCCUGACUAUGGUAGCAUCAGGAUUCGGGAAUCGAGCGUCAGCUAUGUUAGCAGCGCACAUUGGGCAGCCGUGCUCGACAGUAUCGCCGAACUAAGGGAUCAUUUCGAGCAGGAGGACGAAUCCAACACGAUUACCUCUGACACCGUCCAGCUGCAGGCCAACUUUCCUAGUCCCCAGCUGCUUUAUAGCGGCUGCCCCAUGCAUGUAACCCCAGCUUCGAUUCUUGAGUCUCUCCCACCCCGCCCCGUUGUGGAUCGAUUGGUCUCCCGUUACUUUAACGUCCUGGACAUGACUUCAGGCGUUCCACACAGUGGCAAGUUCCUUCGUGAGUAUGAGGAAUUCUGGAAGUGUCCGCAGGCAGUACCAAUCAUGUGGGUUGGCCUUCUACUCGGUAUGAUGUGCUUGUCGACACAGUUCCAACAGUUUUUCCUUGCUCCUGCCAACACCUUGCUUGUCAGCGGGCGCUCUCCACAACCGUCGCAGGCGCCCGAGAACUAUAUGGCGGUAGAUAUGUUACGAGAGCGGAUUAUACAGUGCCUUAUCCUAGGUCACUACACAAAUGGGGGCCCCUACGUUAUGGAGACUUUGAUUCUGUAUUUCAUGGUCGAGGUUUUCCCCUCGAAAGACACCGAGCCUGGCAUCCGGGUCCUGGUGGCCAAUAUAGUCCAGAUUGCUAUACAGAUGGGUUACCAUCGCGAUGCUAAGCAUUUUCCCAACAUCUCCCCAUUCGCAGGCGAGAUGCGGAGGCGUAUCUGGGCAUUGAUAGUUCAGCUAGACUUUACCAUCUCGUCACAGAUGGGGCUGCCUAGACUUGUCAAGGAGAGUCAGACAGAUGUAGCCGAGCCGCGAAACCUAGCCGAUUCGGACUUCAACGAGGAUACGGCUGAGUUGCCCCCUUCCCGGCCCGAGACUGAGGUGACACCCACCCUCUACACCCUUGCAAAGCUCAGGCUGCUUUCCGUCGGGGUCGAGGUUGCCGAUGUGGCCACUGAGCCUCGGCCGUACUCCUAUUCUCAUGUUUUAAAACUCGAUAAACAGAUCGACGACGCCCGGGAUGCCCUACCACCGAGCAUGAAGUGGGAGGGGCUUGCGUCCUCCCUCAAUGUACCAUCGCAGGUAAUCAUUCAGAGGAUCUGGUUGGAGGUAUGCGUCCAGCGGCUAAAGAUCGCCUUGCAUAAAAAGUUCCUGGUGGCGUCUCGUCUCCAGCAGCAGUAUGCCUACUCCCGAUCUACCUGCCGAGCUGCUGCUAUAAAAAUCCUCGAACUCCAGCACCUUGUCGACGAGGAGACUCAGCUAGAUGGCCGAUUGUACCAAAGCCGCUGGAGGGUAACUUCGGCGUUCAUCCACGACUUCCUCCUAGCCACCAGUAUCCUAUGCUUUUAUCUCCAGGUCCACGCAGAGGACCAAAGAGAACAACAUAUCAGCUCGGGAGACACCAAAGCCACUCCAGUGGGAAUUGACAAGAUCAAACAGCUCUUGGGAGCAUCCCUGAUUAUCUGGCUCCGGGAAAGCGACGCCUCUAGAGAAGCUCGGAAAGCUGCCGCGGCUCUGCGCUAUGUUCUUGGUGAUUCCGAGGCCAAUUCAGACCCCUUCCGGUCUACACGCGUGCUAUCGGGCCCUUACCCUAGGCCUGUAGUCGCUCCAUACUUUCCAGGAUUUUCGGAUUUGAUGCUGGGUUAUGAUUUUCCUGGCCAGGGACUGGAGCCAACAUACGAAGAACUAUCCUGGUUGAACAAUGAUGUUGAACCGUGGGCUAGAGAAACCAGUUUCCAACAGAUGAACCCGUCAUCAUGA